AUGGCGGCCUGUGGGGACGGGCAGGGCUUCGCUAGAUCUGUCUUCACAAGAUCUUCACCACACCAGUAAGAGGAGCUGCGGGCUUGCUUGUUGCUUUUCCUUUUUUUUUUUUUUUUCUUUCUACUUCACCAUUAAACUGUAAUAGCUCACUUGUAAGAUUGUAGGUGAAAUUAGCUCACUAGUGAGGAUUUUUUUUAUAAACUUCAAUGAGCUCACUGGUAAGAGUGUCUGUAAAUGAAUAAUUUCAUUAGUGAGUUUCUCAGUCAACAGAACUAUCUAGAUAUCGUGCCGGUGAACAAAUACGGUAAGACCAUACUGUAACUAUAGUAUAUUACGUUCCUGGAAAAAAAUGAGGGGUGGGAGGGGGCUGUUAUGAGAAAGUGUGACACUGAGGACGGGGGAAAGGGGGUUAAAGAUCUUGAGAAACUGGCGGUGAUGUUGGAAUUUUGUGUUUUGAUUGAUGUAUUCCGACAGGAGAUGUCACUUUUUUAAAAAUAAUUUAAUAGUUACAUAUUGCAAUCUGUUUUAGUGUUUUAGAUUAAAUUUUAAUAAGUUUUAAUUUGUUAACAAUUGUUCAGUCAGAAAGUAUGAAUUGUGAUCGGAAAUUGGUGGGCGGCGCCGUGAUGAAAAUUGUCAAAAAAACGAGUGAUGUACUUUAUAGACAUGCCCCUUAAGUGUUCGCAAAUACGUCAGCAAAAGAAAUAAUUCAAAUGUGUAUAUAAUUAGAAUCUAAUACGGUAUUUGAAAAAGGAAUCGUGUUUAACGGAUUAUAUCAAUUAACGUUACCCAGUAUAGUUUUAAUAUUUUUAUUAUAAAAAAAACCAAGAAAAAAAACACCAAAACCAACAACAACAAAUAAAUGUCAAAUUAAAGCUUUUGAAAACGUAUUUUAUGUUUUGCCUAGUCGAUAAAGUGAAAUAUAAACUGGUUUUAUAUACGGGGAGCCAUUUAUACGCAUAUAAAAAGUAAGUGUGGGGGGGGAGGAGUUUUUAGUCUGCCUGUGUCAUAAAGCUGUUUUUGGGUUUUACUAAAAACAAAUGUUCGAACACCAGCUAUCGAAUGAUUUCAUCUCGAGAUCUGUGGCGUUGAUCUUGUUUAACUGGAGUCGAGGAAGCGGCGAAGGACUCUCGGCGUAACACAUGGUUUAAUGCCGUCGAAAAAGAAAAUCAAUAUAAUAUUGUGUUUGUUUGUUUAAACUUAAUUUUUAGUUGUAGUACUUUUACCAUUCUUGUUUAUUAUAGGCCUACAAAGAGAGUGCUUUUACCAUUCUUGUUUAUUAUAGGCCUACAAAGAGAGUACUUUUACCAUUCUUGUUUAUUAUAGGCCUACAAAGAGAGUGCUUUUACCAUUCUUGUUUAUUAUAGGCCUACAAAGAGAGUACUUUUACCAUUCUUGUUUAUUAUAGGCCUACAAAGAGAGUACUUUUACCAUUCUUGUUUAUUAUAGGCCUACAAAGAGAGUACUUUUACCAUUCUUGUUUAUUAUAGGCCUACAAAGAGAGUACUUUUACCAUUCUUGUUUAUUAUAGGCCUACAAAGAGAGUACUUUUACCAUUCUUGUUUAUUAUAGGCCUACAAAGAGAGUACUUUUACCAUUCUUGUUUAUUAUAGGCCUACAAAGAGAGUACUUUUACCAUUCUUGUUUAUUAUAGGCCUACAAAGAGAGUACUUUUACCAUUCUUGUUUAUUAUAGGCCUACAAAGAGAGUACUUUUACCAUACUUGUUUAUUAUAGGCCUACAAAGAGAGUACUUUUACCAACCUUUUUUUAUACAAAAAGAGUACUUUAACCAUACUUUUUUUUACAAAGAGAGUACUUUUACCAUACUUGUUUAUACAAAGAGAGUACUUUUACCAUACUUGUUUAUUAUAGGCCUACAAAGAGAGUACUUUUACCAUACUUGUUUAAUAUAGGCCUACAAAGAGAGUACUUUUACCCUACUUUUUUAUACAAAGAGAGUACUUUUACCAUACUUUUUUAUACAAAGAGAGUACUUUUACCAUACUUUUUUAUACAAAGAGAGUACUUUUACCAUACUUGUUUAUUAUAGGCCUACAAAGAGAGUACUUUUACCAUACUUGUUUAAUAUAGGCCUACAAAGAGAGUACUUUUACCAUACUUUUUUAUACAAAGAGAGUACUUUUACCAUACUUUUUUAUACAAAGAGAGUACUUUUACCCUACUUUUUUAUACAAAGAGAGUACUUUUACCAUACUUUUUUAUACAAAGAGAGUACUUUUACCCUACUUUUUUAUACAAAGAGAGUACUUUUACCCUACUUUUUUAUACAAAGAGAGUACUUUUACCAUACUUGUUUAUUAUAUGCCUACAAAGAGAGUACUUUAACCAUACUUGUUUAUUAUAGACUUACAAAGAGAGUACUUUUACCAUACUUUUUUUUAUACAAAGAGAGUACUUUUACCAUACUUUUUUAUUAUAUGCCUACAAAGAGAGUACUUUUACCAAAGCUGUGAUGACUAUUAUCCUCGACAGGCUUUGAGGAAUUUGUUUGUUUUUUUAACAUAACCAGCCUUAAAAUAUACCCUCGUAGGGCCGUAACACCAACAGGCCCUGAAAGGCUAGGAGCUCCGAACCCGGAAUCAACAAAAUUCAUUAAAAAAAUUCUAUACACUUUUUUUUAAUGCUAAUGGCAUCCCCCCCACACACCCCUGAAUUUGCAGGUUAUAUUUAAAUGACUAUGUACUGUGGUGCCUCCAGUAAUAAACACCUUAACAAGCCGACUAAGUUUUGGUUUUGCCCCUUCCCCCCUGAAAAAAACUCCCGGGCAAAGGUCAAACAAAGGCACCUGAGAACAUGGGAGGACCAACCGAAGGGGCCUAGAGUUGUACACAAGAGAGCACCGUCUGUGAAAAGCAGGGUUCAAUGCGGAGGUCCCACGCGGAAUACUUAAGAGUUAAAGAUUCCAGUGUAAUCGUUUAUUCCUUUCUUCAUCAGCCACUGCAUGUGUGUAUGUGGCUGUGAGUAUGGUUUUGAGUGUGUGUUUGUGGUUGUGCGUGUACGUGUGGUUGUGUGUAUGUGGUUGUGUGUAUGUGUGGUUGUGUGUAUGCGUGGUUGUGUGUAUGUGUGGUUGUGGUUGUGUGUGUGGUUGUGUGUAUGUGAGUUUGGGGUUGUGUGUAUUUGGUUGUGCGUGUGGUUGUGUAGUUGUGUGUAUGUGGUUGUGUGUAUGUGGUUGUGUGUAUGUGGUUGUGAGUAUGUGGUUGUGAGUAUGUGUGUAUGUGUGUUUGUGGUUGUGUGUGUGGUUGUGUAUGUGUGUUUGUGGUUGUGUGAGUGGUUGUGUAUGUGUGUGGUUGUGUGUGUGGUUGUGUAUGUUUGUUUGUGGUUGUGUGUGUGGUUGUGCGUGUGGUUGUGCGUGUGGUUGUGCGUGUGAUUGUGCGUAUUGCUGACCUAAAUACACAACUUUUUGGGCCAUGUUAUAAUUUGCUUUUUUUUCCCUUUUCAAUUUGCGGAUCUUCUCUCUCUCUUUAAUGACGAAAUAAAACUUCUGUUUGUUUAAUUGGACGUUAAAUCAUCAGUUCCACUGCCAAUCACCACGUCUUUCAAAGAAAUGUCUCUAUUAUCUUCACAAAAUGUUUCCGUUUCAGUCGUCUGCUGUUACCCAGGCGACCGCACAACAACCAAAGUCUGCUGACCGCGUUCGCCGCCAUCUGCGGCUUCGUCGUCAUGGUGACGUUCCUGGAAACCUCCAGAAUGCUGAUCCCUUCCAAGGUCGUGACAAAACAAGAUCUGCAGCUGCUGACAUCCGGUGAGCUGGUGUAAGAUGCGUACGCGUGGAUUGAUGUGCUCUGUACACAUCGGCGCGAUGUAUGUGCAUGCAUGUCAAAACUUGUCAUAAUGGCUGUUGGUCUGGAGUUCGAUCCCCACCAAAGCCAAGGGAAGCCUGAGUUCAAACCAGGAGCCAGAAUGAUCAAAUAAAUUUAUCAUGGGCCCUCAAAUAUAGGGUGGGGGGGAGGGGGAGGGACAACAGAGCAUAAUUUAUUUUUAAAGUCCAAUGUCGGUUUCUUGCUGUGGGAGGAUUUUUUGGGUUGGCUGUUAAACUAAAUACAUGACGGGGUUUAAAAUAGAAUCAGUCACGUUUACUUUAUUUUAACUACCUUUAUCUACACUAUGUAAAUAUGCAUCGGUCGCGGCUUUGAAACUUGUUUCAUCAAUUUAACUUUUGUACUCCUCCCCCCCCCCUACAACCAAACACACACACACACUCCUGGUAGCGCAGGAGUUUUUAGCUUCAUGUUCCAUGGAGCCGUACUCCAGUCAGAUAAAGUGACAUGGAACCGUACUCCAGUCAGAUAAAGUGACAUGGAUCCGUACUCCAGUCAGAUAAAGUGACAUAGAUCCAUACUCCAGUCAGAUAAAGUGACAUGGAUCCGUACUCCAGUCAGAUAAAGUGACAUGGAUCCGUACUCCAGUCAGAAUAAAGUGACAUGGAUCCGUACUCCAGUCAGAUAAAGUGACAUGGAUCCGUACUCCAGUCAGAAUAAAGUGACAUGGAUCCGUACUCCAGUCAGAUAAAGUGACAUGGAUCCGUACUCCAGUCAGAAUAAAGUGACAUGGAUCCGUACUCCAGUCAGAUAAAGUGACAUGGAUCCGUACUCCAGUCAGAAUAAAGUGACAUGGAUCCGUACUCCAGUCAGAAUAAAGUGACAUGGAUCCGUACUCCAGUCAGAAUAAAGUGACAUGGAUCCGUACUCCAGUCAGAUAAAGUGACAUGGAUCCGUACUCCAGUCAGAAUAAAGUGACAUGGAUCCGUACUCCAGUCAGAUAAAGUGACAUGGAUCCGUACUCCAGUCAGAUAAAGUGACAUGGAUCCAUACUCCAGUCAGAAUAAAGUAACAUGGAUCCGUACUCCAGUCAGAUAAAGUGACAUGGAUCCGUACUCCAGUCAGAAUAAAGUGACAUAGAUCCGUACUCCAGUCAGAUAAAGUGACAUGGAUCCGUACUCCAGUCAGAAUAAAGUGACAUGGAUCCGUACUCCAGUCAGAAUAAAGUGACAUGGUUCCGUACUCCAGUCAGAUAAAGUGACAUGGAUCCGUACUCCAGUCAGAAUAAAGUGACAUGGAUCCGUACUCCAGUCAGAAUAAAGUGACAUGGAUCCGUACUCCAGUCAGAAUAAAGUGACAUGGAUCCGUACUCCAGUCAGAUAAAGUGACAUGGAUCCGUACUCCAGUCAGAAUAAAGUGACAUGGAUCCGUACUCCAGUCAGAAUAAAGUGACAUGGAUCCGUACUCCAGUCAGAAUAAAGUGACAUGGAUCCGUACUCCAGUCAGAUAAAGUGACAUGGAUCCGUACUCCAGUCAGAAUAAAGUGACAUGGAUCCGUACUCCAGUCAGAAUAAAGUGACAUGGAUCCGUACUCCAGUCAGAUAAAGUGACAUUGAUCCGUACUCCAGUCAGAAUAAAGUAACAUGGAUCCCUUCUUAGAAUAAAGUUGUUCAGUGCAUUAAAUUAAAUUAUGCAGGAAAUGCAAGAUCAACGGACCAUCGGUCAUUUUUUACGGGGUCCAUGGGAGACAGAUUAGGAACCCCUGUGUUACAGCUAACAACUUCCAUAUUGUAUCAAUAGCAUCGUUUAGUUAAUUCCAGUGGCGUAGCUAAGGUGGUACCAGUGGGGCGGGCCACGCUUUAUGACGCCCCAUUCCAUUAAAAACACCCCUGUGGUUGGCUUCAUUUGUCGCCCCACACUCAAUAAAUGGCCACACACAAAAAUUCCGCCCGGGACGCACCGCCCCCCCCCACUCCGCACUCCCGUGUCCUUACGCCACUGGUUAAGUCAAUUAUUUCUGAGACUUAAUAAUGACAUCCCAGGUCUAGACCGACUUAUCUGGUGUUGUAAUACAACAACACCAACAACAACAAGAAAAGUCCAUCUUAUCUGUUUCGUAUUGAGAAAUGCAUGGAGCAAUAAAAUCUCAAGCAAGCAAAAAUUAAGAGAUAUCGACCCCCCCCCCUUCCCCAACCAUCUUGCUCCAUGAAUCCCUUCAGUUAUCAUUUUGUUUUUCCCUACCUUCUGUAACACACACAUCACAAGGGUCGAUAUUAAUGGUCGAUGACGCAUAUUCUGCAUUUCGUAGCGCCGUAAUAAGUACUUUCAUUUUUAUCUACACACACCGUGUGCUGUCUAUUGCGUUAAUUUUACAACCUGCACAUUGAUUAAUAUUUGUUAACACCGUGUUUGGGGCUUCCCGUAGAUGGCCCAUAGUGAUACGAUGAUACAACGACAUGAUGACACAAUGCCAUGAUCAUAUCAUGACACGAUGACACAAUGACUCGAUGACACAAUGACACAAUGACAUGAUGACAUAAUGCCAUGAUCAUAACAUGACACGAUGACACGAUGACCCAAUGACACGAUGACACAAUGACACGAUGACACAAUGACAUGAUGACCCGCAGGUGGUAUUUCGGACCACUGUGAGAUUUGAUAAAAGGACAACAGUAGGACAUGAUAAAAGGAACAAAAGUAGGACAUGAUAAAGGGACAACAAUUACAUGCUGUACAAAUGCUAAGGGGACGUCCGCUCAAAAUACACUUUUUGUCCAAAUGUGGCUUAAACCACCCCUCCCCCCCCCCUUCCCAAUUUGCCGAAGUGUACAGGCGCAUACGGCAAUUUACGGUGCGAAAUACCAGGAAAUAACGAUCUUAAAGUGUAAAGAGUCACUCAAUUCGUACUUCUGAAACAGUACGAAAUGGAUCCAUCUAUUUAUUAUGUAUACGCACUGCGGGGGGGGGGGGGGGGGGGGGGGUGAAAGGGUUUUUUUUUUUAGGGUGGGGGUAUGUUUUUGAUUUUGAAUAUUAUGCAUCGUGGUAUGUUCUGAAGAAAGUACGCUGACGCUCUCUAACAUCUCUCAUACAGCCAGCUAACUGUCGCCUAAAUCCCCUGUGAAGUCCAUGACAUUGAAAUGUGAGUUAGUCUUAAAAUAAAUGACAGCACGGAUUUGUAUUUAAUUGUUUGCUUUGUGUUUACUCUCUCUGGAUCAGCGUACCCCAAAGGAUGGUCCGCGGACUGACACCGGCCCGCCAGCAUUACGAAGCCGGUCCGCGCGACAUGAAUAUUUGUGGACAAGUAAAAAAACAAAGGAUAAUGAAUAAAUCUGGCACCAGUCUGUGGUGUUAUUUUAAAAUCUGUAUUCUUGCCCCUCCCCCCCCCCCCACAAAAAAACCCCAACAAAAUAAACAAACUUCUAAGUUUGGGAAGCGCUGCCCUUAGAUAUCNUAUUUUAAAAACUGUAUUCUUUCCCCCCCCCCCCCCCCCCACAAAAAAACCCCAACAAAAUAAACAAACUUCUAAGUUUGGGAAGCGCUGCCCUUAGAUAUCACAACGGUAAGAGUUAUUCGUACGUGAAUCUGUCCUGUGACGUCAUUUGUCACGUAAUUCUUUCCUUGGGCUGAGCCAAACAGCUGUACUGGUGAAAAUUAAUGGGGGGACCCAGGAUACAAAUUUUAACACGUUUAACUUUUAAUAUAAUUUAUAAGAUAAUUUUGACCCCAUGCUCCUGCUGAUCCCCGAAUACAUUUUUAAUGCAAGUCCCUCCCCUACAUAAACCAAAAACAACAAAAAAAUAAAAAAACAAAAAACAAAAAAAAAAACAGUGAGAAAUGGGAAAAAAAGGUAAUGAAAAAAAAAAAGGGACUUAAUCCUACCUUAAAUAAAAACAAAAAAAAAAAAAAAAAAAAAAAACAAAAAAAAAAAAAAAAAACAGUGAGAAAUGGGAAAAAAAGGUAAUGAAAAAAAAAAAGGGACUUAAUCCUACCUUAAAUAAGAUUGAAUGUCAAUUGUCCUGCCAGUUUGGGCCUUUUGGAGUCACACUUUUCAACUUUGAUCAUUUUCAGGAUUUUCCAAAGACAUCGCGGCGGUAGAGAAGAGCGCCGCAGACAAGGUCCACUCACAGCCCCACUCUCACCGCCCCGGCGUCAUGGUGGUCGGGUUCUCACACUGCGGUGGUAACGUCAUCAUGUCGGCCCUGUCUGCACACCCUCACCUGGCCGUCAACUUGAAGAACUUAGGAUUUUUCACGAGUGAGUGAAUCUGUUUUGAGAUGUUCAAUUCUUCGUCAUGGGUUUGUUAAAAAAAGAGUUGGGCACGCUGCAAAUUUAUUUCAUGCAAUCGGCGAAUCUUCUAAUUUAGGCUUAUCCAGUGGCGUAAAAAGGGUGUGUGAAGAGGGUGGUCAGCCCCCCCCCCCCGGCGGCACUUAAUUCUUUAUAUGGAGUUGUGGCAUUGUCGACCAACAGCAGAGUUGUUGUUUUUUCCGCAUUAAGGCUAAGGGGCGACAACAGUUUUUGCCCGCGCCAGGUGACCCUAGCCCUAGCUACGCCCCUGUGCUAAUCAUGCGCCAUUGAGUAUGAGGCUUGGGACAGAUGUUCCGCCUGCGAACUAUGAUCCCACCCCCCCCCGCCCCCCCCCCCCCCCCCCCCCCCCACCCAGCUUCCCAUGAAAAGGUUGAACAAAUGUGCAAAUUUACAGUUAGUAAUUUAUCAUAUCUUAAUAAAUUCCCCAUAACUAGGUGGCAAUAAAUUCCUCAUAACUAGGUUGUAAUAAAUUCCCCAUAACUAGGUGGCAAUAAAUUCCCCAUAACCAGGUUGUAAUAAAUUCCCCAUAACUAGGUUGUAAUAAAUUCCCAUAAUUAGGGUGUAAUAAAUUCCCCAUAACUAGGUUGUAAUAAAUUCCCCAUAACUAGGUUGUAAUAAAUUCCCCAUUACUAGGUGGCAAUGAAUUCCCCAUAACUAGGUUGUAAUAAAUUCCCCAUAACUAGGUUGUAAUAAAUUCGCAUAACUAGGUUGUAAUAAAUUCCUCAUAACUAGGUUGUAAUAAAUUCCCCAUAACUAGGUGGUAAUAAAUUCCCCAUAACUAGGUUGUACUAAAUUUCCCAUAAAUAGGUGGCAAUAAAUUCCCCAUAACUAGGUGGCAAUAAAUUCCCCAUAACUAGGUGGCAAUAAAUUCCCCAUAACUAGGUUGUAAUAAAUUCCCCAUAACUAGGUUGUAAUAAAUUCCCCAUAACUAGGUUGUAAUAAAUUCCCCAUAACUAGGUGGCAAUAAAUUCCCCAUAACUAGGUGGUAAUAAAUUCCCAAUAACUAGGUGGCAAUAAAUUCCCCAUAACUAGGUUGUAAUAAAUUCCCCAUAACUAGGUUGUAAUAAAUUCCCCAUAACUAGGUCGUAAUAAAUUCCCCAUAACUAGGUUGUAAUAAAUUCCCCAUAACUGGGUUGUAAUAAAUUCCCCAUAACUAGGUUGUAAUAAAUUCCCCAUAAAUAGGUUGUAAUAAAUUCCCCAUAACUUUGUUGUAAUAAAUUCCCCAUAACUGGGUUGUUGAGAUUCUGGACAAAAGACAAAAUCAUCAUUUCAGGUUGGUAAUUAACAUUGUGUUAACCAAAGUGCCCGAUGUACUUCACAGAUUCACAGGUGAUAACUACUCCCAUGGGUCUCGGUAUCAACCCCAUAAAGUGAGAUAUCGCGGCACUCUAGCCACGAAGCGGGAUAUCGCGGCACUCUAGCCACGAAGCGGGAUAUCGCGGCGCUCUAGUCAUGAAGUGGGAUAUCGCGGUGCUCUAGCCAUGACGUGGGAUAUCGCGGCACUCUAGCCACGAAGCGGGAUAUCGCGGCGCUCUAGUCAUGAAGUGGGAUAUCGCGGCACUCUAGCCAUGACGUGGGAUAUCGCGGCACUCUAGCCAUGAAAUGGGAUAUCGCGGCACUCUGGCCAUGACGUUGGAUAUCGCGGUGCAUUACGGGAGGUCUUCAUUUAACGGCGGUUUCGAUUUCAGCGCAAUCGUUACCCGCGCAUAAAAAAUAAAAAUUAAUGUACACUAGUUGUUUUUCUUUUUGUUUUUUCGGCACGUCACGAGUAGGUACUAUUACGUCAUGGAACCCUCCGUGAGGCUAGUAGUCGCGGAGUAGCGCAUAACGACACAUCCCACGUGACUUUAAUCACGUGAUUACGUAGCCUAGUGUUGGAAAGUGUCACGUCGGAGCAUAAAUUGGAAAAUAAUUUAGACACAAUGAAAGUGAGGAGAGAUGAGACCAGCGGUCAUCGCGCGUGGACUUGGCUUGAACCGAACGACUGUGUCCACCAUUGUGCACGACAGAGCACAGUAUUUUAGUUGAGAACAUUUGAAAAGAAAGAAGAAAAAAAAACAACCUGCCCCCACUGGCUGAAUAAAGUUAUUUCUUGUAACAGUGAUGGCGAGCCUGCUUGAAGGUCUGGACAGAUCAAAUCAAACCAUCAUAUAAUGUUAAUGUAUUGAUUAAACUAAGGUCAAAUUAAGUCUAAAUGGCGCGUAGCACCUCAUGAAGAUCCGAGAUAACGGAGUGAUGGCGUAGUGGAAAUCUUGAACGUGUAUUAAUAUCUUAAACUUGAUGUAUGCACAUGCACAUAUAAUGUAUUUUACUACACACUUACACACAUGCAGAUGGCGGCGGAUUUCAAAUCGAGUUGCGCAGCCGUUGUACAACGGAACCCCCGCCGUAUAAUGACCACUUCCUGUACUGUCAUAAGGGCUGCGCGAAACGUGAAAUCAAAGAAAGUUUUACUUCAGCUACGGUCUAAAUUCACGAUGUAACGUUCUUAUAGAUUGCGGAUAUAAAGACACAUCUAUUUCGCAAACACCUUCUGGGAUGAUUGUCUACCUUAUUUUCCAGUUAAUGGAUAAUGGCUGUGUUGCUUACGGUUGAAAUGGCUAGAAAGACUUUGAUAUUGUAUGCUUGUCAUUAGUUUUUGUAGUGUUGCAUUUGUUUUAAAUGUGGUAAAUUAUAGAUUUGUUUUUUGUUAACUUUGUACCACGCUUCGAGCCUUUGGGGAUGAAGCGUGUUUUUGAAAUGAACUUUAUUAUUAUUAUUAUAAGCUGGCUGAAGAGUGGCGGAUCAAUUUUAAAAUUAUUCCCUAUUACCCUCCAAUUCGCUUUCCCCUUUCUUAAAAUUAAAAUAUUGAAGGGAGAAACAAAAAAAGGAAAUCAGUGCACUUUGGCCGACAUGUGAACCAAACCUUACAUUCCAAACUCGCCCAAAAAAAUAAUAAUUUGAAACAGAAAUGUAAUACAUUCCUCCAAGUGACGACUAACAUUGAUUUUUAUUUCACAGACGACAAGCCCCUGAGGUGGUACAUCGCGCAGAUGCCGCCAUCGCUGGAUCAUCACGUGACCGUCGACGUCAGCUUCUCCGCCGUGCUCAACAAGACGGCGCUGAAGCGGAUGAGGUCGUUCAACGAGACACUCAAGCUGCUCGUCUUCACAUGCGACCCGAUUUCCCGCCUCGUGGAGAACCACACGGACUACCUGCGUCACCGCGGCCACGCCCUGACCCAACUGCUAGAUCACAAACUGGCCGAGUCGCUCGCGGCCAGGGUUUUCCCGAAGAUCGACGGCAAGCACUUCCUGAACACGGAGCUGCUCUCCCAGAUCGGGGAUUACUUUCAGCACUUCAUCGAACUGUUCCAGGUGUUUCCGAGAAGACAAAUCCUCGUCGUGGACCGACAGCGAUUCUACGACAACCCCGGUUUCGAAACGUCGAGGCUCCACGACUUCCUGGGCGUCUCGCGCUACGCCGAAAUCCAAGAUUUAACGUUCGACCGAGGCGAGAACAGGUUCUGUUACAAUAUCACGUUUUGGAAAAGACUGUGCGUCAGGGGCCCCUCGAGAAACGCCAGCGAAAUCCUUGGGCCGAGACACGCAGACCUGCUGGGGAAACUGAGGAGUUUUUACGCGCCGUUCAACAAGCGAUUGUUCUUGUACUUGGAAGAAGACUUCAAGUGGCUGUGAUGAUUUAUUGACUGGGUGAAGACUUCAAGUGGCUGUGAUGAUUUAUUGACUGGGUGAAGACUUCAAGUGGCUGUGAUGAUUUAUUGACUGGGUGAAGACUUCGAGUGGCUCUGGUGAUUUAUUGACU